CAAGUGACCCAUAUUUUCAAAAACAAACGGUGUGCGUGCGGAGUUUUGUUACGGGUGAUUUCAUUGGUCCAAAGCGAAGGUGUGUCUUGGUUCCCAGCUUCUACACGAUCUCAUUAGUAAACGUGGGAACCGAAGUUUCCCGCGGUAUGUCAAAUUUGUACACUACGCAGUUUGUGUAUACUGAUUUUAAUUACAUAAUGGAUUUAAAUGGUGAACAAAUCGAUGCGUUAAACAAGGUAACAAACGGUCACAAUGUUUUAAUACUUGGCUCAGCAGGCACUGGUAAAACGCACUUAAUUAAACAGAUAGAAAAAUCAUUAAAAAAGAAUAACAAAAAUGUAGCAAUAACAGCCACCACUGGAAUAGCAUCUGCUCUCUAUGCAAAUGCGAUGACCAUUCACAAAUGGUCGGGAAUAGGCGACGGUCGCUACAACACGGGUGAAGUCAAGAGCGUAGUCGAACAUUAUGCUGAAUUCGCAAUUGUAAGAGACAGACUGAAAACAACAGAUGUCCUUAUAAUUGACGAAUGCUCAAUGUUGAGCAAGAAGUUCUUCGAGUCAUUAGACCAAGUUUGCCAAAUUAGAAACCCGGAUAAGUUGUUUGGUGGAAUUCAACUAGUAUUAAGUGGGGAUUUUAAACAACUCCCCCCUGUUCCAAAUCCCUUGUAUGCUGAAGAAGGUGAAUUUUGUUUUCAAUCAGAAUUAUUUACAAAAGUGAUACCCCACAGGAUAAUCCUUAGAGAAGUAGUGAGACAAAGCGAACCACAUCUUAUCAAGGCUAUUAAAGAAGCUGCUGAUGGUGAAAUGUCAAUUGAUAGUAUCAAUUUCAUUAAAACCCUAGAGAGACCAUUGACAGACGCAAGUGACUGUGUAAAGCUGUUUUCUCGUAAUGAAAAGGUUGAUCAACACAAUCGUGAUUGUAUACUUGAAUACCCUGGAGAACUGUACGAGUUCAAGUCACACGAUGACGGGGACAGACAUUUUUUAGAAAAAAUGAUUGCACCAAAAAUACUGUGGCUUAAAAUUGGCUCACCAGUCAUGCUGUUGAAAAAUAUAUCAGAUAAACUUGUAAAUGGACUUCAAGGACAUGUGCAUAGCAUCACAGACAUGGGACCAGUGAUAGAAUUUACAUCUCUGCAAACCAAAUUACAGUUAGAAAAACACAGAUUUGCAGUUUUCAGUCCAUCGAAAAAUGCAGAAGUUGCUGUACGCACUCAGUAUCCAGUUAAUCUGAGCUUUUCGAUGACCAUUCAUAAAUCUCAAGGAUUAACUCUAAAUAGAUUGGAAGUGGACUGUCACCAAAUAUUCAAACCAGGACAACUUGGGGUUGCACUUGGCCGUGCUAAAUCUUCAGAGGGACUGAGGGUAAUCAAUUUCGAUCCAACCUGUCAUGUAAUUAGUCAGCCAGAAGUGGUACAACUCUUCAUGAACCAGCCCUCAAUUUUGGAACAUGAAGACCUGAGCUGCUGUAGACCAGGAUUAAAGGGAAACACACAAGAGCCAAACCCACCAGGGAUAUAUACAUUGCAAGACAUGCAGCUAAUACAAGAGAGCAUAGACAAUGUGGAGAUGAAUGAAAAUUUUCGCAAAGACCUUCUUGAGAGUUUUAAUAUUAAGAAGAAAAUGGCCCACAGGAAGCAAGUACGAGUUUCAGAGACAGGCAUUCAUGACAAAAAAACUACAAGAAAAGGUAAGGCCCCAGCCGUUAAGAAGGCACAACUCAAAAAAGAUGAACAACAUGUGGAAGAAAUUUCAUCAGAGGAAGAAUAUAAAUUGACCGUUCUCUUAGAGUCGGCAAAUCCAAGCAAACCCCGGGACAUUAUAGUCAAGUUAACCUCAUACAGAGCCAAACUGUACCUAAGACGAUCAAAACUGAAAGACGUUGGCUAUAAGAGCACGUUCAUUAAUGAGGACCUUACUUCCAAGAGAAGCUCCCUGUUAUUCAACGCAAGGGCCCUAGUGAAAUCGGGUCGCCUACUUGGUGCAUGGUCAUCUGACGGUACCAUUUUAAUCAAAGACUCGAAGUCGAAAAUCCAUAGAGUCAGCAAUAAUGAUUACUUAACGUCAUUCAGAUCCGACGACUCGAAUCGCUGA